AUAAAUUCAGGGGUUCCCGGAUCUCCCCGACAUGUCCACUCCACUAAGGUUAAGUAACUGCAAGUGAGAGCGGGGUGUAAAGUUUAGCUAGCAGGCAACCUAACAAGGCACUAUCCAUCCUGUUGAUUCCCUAUUACAGCCCGAUUCACUUUCUAAUUUCUAAUUAUUCGCAACAUCAUCACACGAUCACAUCUUGACAACUAAAUCCAAUAUUCUUUUUCCUGUCCAUGCGACGACUCGAACCGACUCGAUUCGGUUUUCAUUUGUUCUUUUAAAUCUCGGGUCGUCCGCUUUUUCUCCAUCAUCUCAUCACCUUUUACUCGAUCCUACCGAUUACGUCCACGAACCCCUCCCCCUCUCCUUGGCCCGAGUCAGCCGAUAAUAAUCACACAAGCAAGCAAACAUGGCUACCGUCGCACAUUGUCUGUACUGCUUCGAAACCCUUGCCGCGUACCUCGAAAGUCGCAAGCCCUUAAGUCUCAAGGAGAUCGAGGAAGCUUGGAACGAACAUCCAGAAGCCGGCGCUGAAGAUGCGUCCAAAACCGAGAGCCUCGAGAAACGAAUCCCAGCGCUCAGACGAGUAGCCGACUCCACUUCCUCCGCGAGCACUUCGUCUUCGCCCUCCUCUAACUCGACCGUAUCCCUUACCACAGAAACCGCCGCAACAUCCACAGAUUCCCUAGCAGACGCUAUUACCGAAUCACCCCUUUUCGUAACGUGGAACACCGUUUCACCUCGAUCGGGUCAUACUUCUCUACGAGGAUGCAUCGGCACAUUCGAAGCCCAAGAGUUAGAUGAGGGACUAUCUUCCUAUGCUAUCACAUCCGCAGUUCACGAUAUGCGAUUCGACCCAAUCUCGAAGCGGGAAAUAUCAUCUCUCGAGGUCGCCGUAACAUUAUUGACCGACUUCGAGGACUGCGCCGAUGCUAUGGAUUGGGAGAUCGGAACACAUGGAUUGCGCAUCAGCUUCACGGAACGAGGUCGUCGCUACGGUGCUACCUACCUACCAGACGUAGCCGCGGAACAGGGCUGGACGAAAGAGGAGACGCUGGUCAGCCUCAUGCGUAAGGCCGGUUGGGUCGGUAAGAAGGACAAGUGGCAGGGCGUUGACCUUAAGGUUGUCCGAUAUCAAGGCAGGAAGAAGUCACUGCAGUACCCCGCAUACAAGCAAUGGCGCGAUUGGGUAAACUCGAGGGACGAGGAUGAGGCAUAGAUGUUUCACUAUUGCAUUACUAGCAUCACCGGAGCAUGCAUACUCCUGCAUUACACAUAUGAGCACACAAGCAGACAGGCAAGCAUACGCGCAGAUAGCAUCUGCAUGGGAUCGCGUGGGCGUCUUGUUGGCAUUCAGGGAGGGAGUCUAAGGUUAUUACGGCGCUCGGAGCAGCAGCGGCAAUGGCGACGGCUGCUAGGUGGGUGAUUUGAUGAUACAGUUAGAUUCGGUUUCUUCCUUUUAUUUUUCUGUGAUGCCGUGCAUGUUUGAGCACCGCCCUCGAUAAUUUAGGUCUAUCUGUCUGCUUUACAAU